CUCUGUCUCAAUUACGGCCUUGGGCAAAGUCAUAUCAAGAUCUUUAGGAGCGUUCGUCAACGGCAGAUCAACCCAUAUCAGAACAAUGGCCACCAACGGGGUCAACGGAACGAAUGGUGUCAAUGGGACGUACUCUAAGCAUGACUUUUCUUCUUUGAAAGUCAACGAGUCACGACUCAUGGACGCAAUACAUACCGGCUGCAAGUAUGGUGCUGCACAUCGAUAUGGAGACCAUCCGACCGAGACUGGCAUGGCCAGAUUAAGCUUGAACGACGCGGACAAGCAGAUCCGAGACUGGUUUCUCGCGACAGCCGAGACGCUGAACUGCAAAACCAGCGUUGACCAGAUGGGGAACCUCUUCGCUGUACGGCCUGGUAGGAACUCUGAGGCGCCUCCGAUCAUGAUGGGAUCACAUCUGGAUACGCAACCAACCGGUGGGCGCUACGACGGCAUCUUGGGUGUCAACUCGGCUCUCGAGGUUCUCAAAGUCUUGCACGAGAACAACAUGGAGACCGAAGGAAGCAUCGGUGUAGUGAACUGGACCAACGAGGAAGGCGCCAGGUUUCCAAUGAUGGCCGUAUCUUCCGGUGUAUGGGCAGAAGCAGUGCCUCUAGAGACAGCGUGGAACCUUGCCGAGGUCUCCCCUUCCGGCGAAGACGGGGAGAAGCGGACGAUGAAGCAGGAGCUCGAGCGAAUUGGGUACCUGGGUGAACAGCCAGCAUCCUACAAAGCAUUUCCCAUGGCUUGUCACUUUGAGGUGCACAUUGAACAGGGGCCAAGUCUCGAGAUUGAGAAGAGAAGGGUAGGGGUCGUCAAAGGAGUGCAGGCUUUUAAAUGGUUUGAAAUAACCGUCAAGGGCCGUGAUUCUCAUGCUGGAACGACUCCUUACCAUGCUCGAAUGGACUCGAUGCUUUGUGCCGCAAAGUUGAUUGUCGAGUCCAACAAGAUCUCCAAGGAACAUGGAGGCCUGUCCACGACGGGUAUAGUGACUGGUCAACCCGGUUCGAUCAACACCAUGGCUCAUACGGUAACCUUCACGCUCGACAUUCGGCACACCCAAGACGACAAACUGGCCGAGAUCGAAAAAUCAUGCAGGACCGCCUUCUCAAGGAUUGCGGAGAAAGAGAGCGAGAAGGGAUGUAAGAUCGAAUGGAAGGAAUUAGUCGACAGCCCUGCGGUCAAUUUCCAUGCCGACUGCAUCGCCGCUGUCGAAGCAAGCGCCAAAGAAGUGGUACAGGAACUACCCAUGACCGCCGACGAUGGCCAGCUUUGGAGAUACAUGAUCAGCGGCGCAGGACAUGACAGUUGCUAUACAAACCGCCGAUGCCCAACCAGCAUGAUCUUCACUCCCACCAAGGACGGCAUCAGUCACAACCCCGUAGAAUAUUGCAGUCCAGAAGAUUGUGCCAUUGGAGCACAAGUCCUGCUCGGGGCAGUGCUGAGAUACGACAAGAUGCGGGCCGAACGAGGCGAUUUCGCUUGAACAGUCUGUCUUCCGCUUCUCAUCGCUCAAUUACAUCUCCCAUUCACGAACGACCGAGGACGAGAUACUCGAUUUGAGAUGAGGAGGAAAAUACAGUAGAUCUGUACGCCUGUCCCUUGACGGAGUCAACGUGUGAGCGUGUUGAAGAGCCUGUAAGAAAUCUUGGUAAUCUCAUUUUGUUCUAUUUCUGUUAGUACAUUUGGAAUCGACUUCGCCGUUCGCUAUGCUGGAAAAACAGCCUUGGACGCAGCUCCUGCUGGUACCAAGAGGCACCGAUGAUGGUCUUAUGGUAUUCACUUCGUAUAGCAC